UUACUGUUAAUGUGAGUACUGGUAAUGUUGGGGUGUUUGGAAGUUAUUUCUUGGGUCUCUCUGCAGCACUGCCAGCACAUCCCACACUCGUCCAUGGACUGGGCUCCUGCCUGCUGGCAGCAGGAAUCUCCACUGGAGCUCUAUUUCUCCUACACUUGAAAAUAAUUAACAGCAUCUUAGUAUUCCUGAGGAAGUUGGGCUUUGGGGUUUUGCUAAGUAACACCUUUGAUCUGACUUCCUAUACAGUGUUAGGGUCGUGUCCACAAGAAUAUUGCCUGGGAGGGGCAUUUCUAGGAUGUAAAUGCGAGUGGGAUGGGCCCAGUUGGGGUUUCCAGAUAUAUGGCAGACAAAGCCUUUCUUGAGAGACUGUUUAGAGAAGAUGUUUGUGUUGGAGGAGACGUGCCCACACCUCAGCAGGCUGCCCUGCUGUCACCCAGACUGGCUUGGGUAAGUUGGCUUUGCCUCCCUUUGGGAGUGCUGGACCUGCCUGUGCCAGCCCAGCUGGAGCAAACCUGGGGAACCCUCCCUGUUCAUGCUGUUCCCUCUGUUGUGGCUCUGGCAUCGGCUGCAUCAGCAGCACUCGAUGUCUACCUCUAAGGCAGAAGGAAAAUUUAUGUUCUAAACAACCAUGCCAGCCAAAAAUUGCCAACCUCCUGCUCCGUGUUUUUAUAGGACUCUCUUGGAACUAGAAGUAAAUGUCUUUUAAGCAUCAGCACCUAAAUAUGGAGUCAUGAUUGAUUGGACUGUAUGUGGUUUUUUUAGAUUCCUGAAACUGACUUUUGGGGUUGGAGCUGCCUGGUGUGGCACAAAGUGAGACAGUGACAACUGCAUCAUCGGCAUCACUGGCAGGAGGGGCUGGAGCUGCAGUAAGCAACUCAUUUUUCUACACCAGAAAACAGGACAGAUCACCCCAAGGGAAGGCUUUGGUCUGUCUCCCAACAGAGGCCGAGGUGGGAUUUGGUGUUUGACAGUCAGGGACUAAACCUUGCCAUUACCACGGUGGGACUCACAGCCCCACGUGGAGCUCCCAGGGGAGCCAGGUCCACUCUCAGAGAUGAGACCCUCCCAGGAUGCCCAAGCACAGGCAGGCUGGCCACACUCUCCAACUCCCCUGUCCCCUGUAGAAAACAUGGUGCAGAGGUAGGUGUAUGAAGAGAAUGAAGUUCACACUCAUAAGUGAGUGAAGGAGGAAAUAAAAUCAUCCUCAAAGCAUCUGCAGCAGUCGGGGCUUCAUCGUUAUCCCUUUCUUAAGAGCCCUUAACUUUUUGCUGAAGUACUACACUGGUUUAAAAACCAACCAACCAACAACCUCCCUAGAAAUAGAACUUGACAGUAGUUUUGGUCCUCGGUGUUUUUGGAGCUGCUGGUCGGGUUGUUGCCGGUUGGGAAAUGCAGGGAACUCUGCUGGUGUGCUCAGCCCAGCCCUUGUUCCCGUCUGGGGCUCGCAGAGGGGCCCCAGUGCUGCCGUUACAAGUUACCCCAUUGAGCUGCUGGGUUUUGCUCUGGUUCCUCAUACUGAGCUUGGCUGCAGCCCUGGCUGAACCUUCCCAGCAGAGGACAGCAUAUUUGCAGCCUGUUGUGCCAGGAGGAGCACCCGGAGCUGCUGGCACGGCCCAUGGCACCAGGCGGGGAGCACUGGCCACCGGCCCCUCUGGCAACCACAGAGACUCUGCUGAGACCCCCAGCUCGAGUGUUCCUUAGGGCUGGGCUGUCUGAAGGCAAUGGAAUUGCAGGUGCCAGCUCGUGUGACUGGGAGAGCCUCAAAAUAACAAGGGUUAGAAACCUGUGCUCAGAAACACAAUGAACCAAUGCAGCAGUCACGGAGCUGUAAAGCUGGGACAAAUGUAAACCUAGGGAAAUGACAUUAAGGAGCAUUUCUUGCUCCCUCGCCAGUUCUCUGAGGUGUUACUGCAGUGGGAAGGAAGAAACGCUCCAUUUAUUCAGUCCCACUUUAUCCUUCAGUGCAACAGCAAUUGCCUUAAUGGACAAUAUAUGUAAAAGCUGGUAAAUGAGAAGCCAGUGUUGGCUUUUUUAAUUGGAAUUUUAAAUCAGCUUUAAAUCAGUGUUGGAAUUUUAAAUGAGCUUCUGUAAUGCUUAAAUAUGAGCUGAUCUAUUGGCCUUGUCUGCACAGAAAAGCUACAAUAGCUUUUUAUAUCUCUUAAUAGGGUUAAUGUUUGCUAACAGUGAAAUACAUUACAAUAAAGGGGAGGGGGGAAAAAAUGGUAGAGGAGCUGUGGCUUCCCCAUCCCUGGAGGUGUUUGAGGCUAGGUUGGCUGAGGCUUGGAGCUACCUGGUUUAGUAGGAGGUGUCCCUGCCUGUGGUGGGGGGUGCAGUGAGGUAUUUCAGGAGCAUCAAUCACCGUGGAGCUGGGUCACUCUGCAUUAGCAGUAUUUAUUAUAUUUUCGUCUUUGCCAAUAAUUUCUAUAUCGCAAUGCUGAAUGAAGCAGCGAGCUUUGGAGUGGUGAUGUGUUACUGCAUGAAAACGAAGUGCUGUUCUUUAGUGCAGUGCUCUGCUGUAAUAUAAUUCAGUGUAUUGUUUCACUGGUUUGUGAACUGUGGGAAGUGGCUGGGCUGCAGCAGCUGCUGUGUCGGUCUCUGGGUGCAGUAGGAGAGGCUGAAGGUGACUGCGUGUGAGCAGGGAAUGAGCCACCAGCUCUGCCCUCCUGCAGCCCCCGGGCACCUCGCAGGGCACGGGGUGGGGAGCAGUGCCCUGUCCCUCCGCACGCCUCCUCCGCCCCGGGCAGUUUCCGAGCGGAUCCCUGGGCAGUGGCAGUGCUGUUCGCAGCUCCCUCGGCGCACAGGGGGCAGCCCCACCCUCCCACUGCUCCACGUGCUGCUCAGCAAACACGUCCUGCCCCGCCGUGACUCCUUAUGACUGAACGCGGCUCGCCCUCGGCGUGACGGCAGCGCGGAUGCUCCCCUGGAUCCCGGAGCCCGGCGGGGACGCAGCACCCACAGCCCCGGGGAUGGCUGUGAAUGAGACCAGUGGCUGCUUGCAGACAAAUAGAGUCCUAGAAAAGUAUUAUCUCUCCACCAUGUAUACCCUUGAGUUCAUUUUAGGCUUCACUGGAAACACCAUUGUGGUGUUUGGCUAUAUCUUCUGCCUGAAAAAAUGGAAAAGCGGCAACAUCUACCUGUUCAAUUUAUCCUUAUCAGAUUUGUUAUUUCUGUGUACUCUGCCAAUACUGGUGAACAGCUACUCCCGAGAUCAGUGGGCAAAGGAGGACAUCCUGUGCCACAGCAACAGAUUCCUGCUGCAUGCCAACCUGUACAGCAGCAUCCUCUUCCUCACUGCAGUCAGCGUUGACCGGUACAUGCUCAUAAAGCACCCCUUCAGGGACCACGUCCUGCAGAAGAGGAGAACGGCUGUCCUGGUGUCCAUUGCCAUAUGGAUUGGGGUGAUCCUGGAGCUGCUGCCACUGGUGCAUUUCCUGGAGCCUCUAACACCUGCCAACAAUUACAAGUGUCUUGAUUAUGCGAGCUCUGGAGACCCCGCGAAAAACCUCAUCUAUAGCGUGUUCCUGACUGUCUUUGGGUUCCUCAUCCCUCUCUUGAUCAUGUGCUGCUUCUACGUGAAGAUGGUUCGUUUUCUUAAAAACAGGAGUGAGCAACUCAGUUCUCCCCUGACCCUGGAGAAGCCUCUCACCCUCGUGAUCCUCACCAUGGUGAUCUUCUCCCUGCUCUUCACUCCCUACCAUGUCAUGCGCAACGUCCGGCUCGCUUCCCGAAUACCGGCCUUGAACGUCCCUGAGUGCACGCAGGGCAUCAUCAGCACCAUUUACGUUAUCACGAGGCCCUUUGCCUUUCUAAAUAGUGCCAUUAAUCCUGUUUUCUAUUUCCUCAUGGGUGACCACUUCAGAGAGAUGCUGAUGGCCAAAAUGAGGCAGCUCUUGCGCAGGCUGACAAUCACCAGGAAGUGAGCGAGGAUGGAGACCCCCCUGGAGUGGGUGACAGCAGGGAGGAAACUCUCUGAGGGAGAACAUUCAGUUGUGUGCCCUUUUUUUAGAUAACUUUAUGCUAUAGAAUAAGUGUAAGCUGAUUGUGUUCCUGUAAAUGCACCUGUUACCUUAUUGUGCAGGAGACCUCCUGCUGAGCUGCCUGCAGCAAACCAGGGGAGAUGCUCACUCCCAGCAGUACAGGGGGACCCUGCUCUCGGAGCGGGAUACCCCCCAGCACAUCAAUAUUGUAAACAAAAGACUAUCGAGCCAGCUCUUGGAGGGAAGAACACACUGCUCUCAAAUAACUGCUUUGUGAGCCAUAAUGUGAUGCUGGACUGGACCUGGAAGGGGCUAAAACAAACGUGUCUGUGCUCAGCAGGACAGCCAGGCAAGCUCACAGGGGCAUUGUCCCAGUCACUUUAUCAGAGUACAGAGCUACCCAACUUCAGUGUAGUUGUCUGUAAGUGCCAGUGGAACAUAUACCCUGAGGCAGAAUUCGGACCUUAGAAUUCAAACUUCAUUAGCAGUUCUGCUAAUGAACCAGGAGCUAAUAAGGAGCCAGUCCCUGCCUGACAUCCCUGUGGGAUUGAUCAGGAGCACAAUUUACUCUCCAAUGGACUGUCCCGUGUUCAGAUGGAAAGGGGGAAGAUCAAGAUGGAAUGAUGCUCCCGUAGGAGUUUGGGCUGGAGAAGGAGCUACCCGUAGGGAGUAGGGGUAGGGUGUAGGCAGCCCCCUUCCCUGCCUGCAUUCCUGCAGGAGAUGAGGACCCCCAGCCCUGCCUGGGACUCGCUGCUCCCCAGCACGGGAAGCGGGACACCCGCUGGGUCCCAUCCAGGUCACCCCGGGUUCAGCUCUCUCUGAUGCGUCGAUCAUCUUCGAUGUGCUUCACUGUGCCAGAGAUACCAGCCCCAGAUAAUAAA